AAACCUUGCAUGUUAAUUUUUAUUAGGGAAAUAGUCAUUGAGAAACCAAAGGUUGUUUCACUGGAGAUGCAACGAUAAUGACUAGGGAGAGGCGCAGAGAGUGCUAUAAAUUAAAGAUCUCAACAACUUAUGUUACGCAUGCUUCCUGCUUCUUUGCCCAGCCACCUCUGUCUCCAAAAACCAGAUCUUGCUGGAAUCUUCAUGGAUUCACCCACUGCAGCAUACACUCAGUUUGGGUUUAAUCUCUUCCGAAAGCUGAAUAAAAUACAUGAUGGCAACAUCUUCUUUUCCCCUGUGGGCAUUUCAGCUGCCAUUGGCAUGCUCGUCCUGGAGGCCCGGGGAGCCACUGCGGUCCAGUUACAGAAGAUGCUUUUCUCUGAAAAAGAUGCAGAGAGCUCAAGAAUCAAGACCGAGGAAAAAAUGAUUGACAAGACAGAAGAGAUACAUCACCAAUUCCAAGAGUUUUUGGAUGAGAUAGGCAAACCCACUAAUGAUUAUGAACUAAAAAUAGCCAACAGGCUAUUUGGAGAAAAGACAUACCUCUUCCUUCAAAAAUACUUAGAUUAUGUGGAAAAAUAUUACCAUGCUUCUCUGGAACCUGUUGAUUUUGUAAAUGCAGCAGAUGAAAGUCGAAAGAAGAUUAAUUCCUGGGUCGAAAGCCAAACAAAUGAAAAAAUCAAGGACCUGUUUCCAGAUGGUUCUCUAAACAGCUUCACCAAGCUGGUGCUGGUGAACAUAGUUUAUUUUAAAGGGCAAUGGGACAGGGAGUUUAAGAAAGAAAAUACCAAGGAGGAGGAAUUUUGGCUGAAUAAGAGUACAAGCAAAUCUGUGCCAAUGAUGACCGAGUGCCAUUCCUUUAGCUUCACUUUCCUGGAGGACUUGCAAGCCCAGCUCCUGGGGAUUCCAUAUAAGAACAACGACCUAAGCAUGUUUGUGUUGCUGCCCAAUGACAUAGAUGGUCUGGAGAAGGUUAUAGAUCAAAUAACUCCAGAAAAACUAAUAGAGUGGACGAGCCCAGGGCAUAUGGAAGAAAGGAACGUGACCUUGCACUUGCCCUGGUUUGAAGUGGAGGAUGGUUACGAUCUGGAGGCUGUCUUGGCAGCCAUGGGGAUGCGAGAAGCCUUCAGCGUGUGCAGAGCUGACUAUCCCGGGAUGUCCUCACCCUCCAGGCUGCACGCACACAAGUUCCUACACAGGUCCUUCAUGGUGGUAACCGAGGAAGGCACUGAGUCUUCGGCAGCCACCAGUGUGGGCUUCGCCCUCACCUCAGCCCCGGGUUGUGAACAUUUUCAUUGCAAUCACCCUUUCCUGUUCUUCAUCAAGCACCAGGAGUCCAACAGCAUCCUCUUCUUUGGUAGAUUUUCUUCUCCUUAGGAUAGUCAUUGCAGAAAACCAGUGUUGGAGUAUUAUUAAGACUAUGGAAAUAGCGCAGUCUUUAAAAAAAAAAUUGUUUUACUUGCUUGCAUUCCAAUCUUACCAUCAGAAUCAAUGAUUUAAUGACUGUAAUAGGGUGUGUUAUGUUUAUAAUUCUCCUUCAAAGUGAAAUGUCCUUUUGUUUGUGCCACAUAUAAAGUGAGUUACCAAGGCUCAUUAGUAAUCUCCUGUUGAUUUCUUCUGAAAGUAAAUCAACCUCUUGUAGUUUUGUGCACUGAUGGCAAGAAACAGACUCUUCAGUGAAGACUAUGGAUUAGUGUUUCUGGGAGUUGCUCUAGUUCUAAUAGCAUGACAUAAUACACAAAUAAAAUAAAACAAUAAUUUACUCAAUUGACAUGUUAUUUUUUUUCUUUCUCAGAAGAGAGUGUGGCCAACUGCAUAGAAUUUAGAUGCACAUUAGCAAAACAUAAAUUAAAGCUUAAAGUCAAAACAAAAUAAAACAGGUAUCAGACAAAGAGGAUUCCCAUAUUUUCACCCUCUCUUCUAAUGGAAUGUCUUAUCUGUUGUCAGUUGUGUAAGCAUUUUGAAAUUGUGAAACAAAUGUGAUUUUGAGAAGCUAAAUAUUGUAGCUGAUCACUAUUUGUACCCUGUCACUUUUUAAAGUGACAGUAAAUAUCUGGAAUGACUUUUAGAAGAGUGUUUUCUUUCUUUUUUGCCCGUUUACAUAUUUCUGGUUAUUUUGCAAGUGAGCUGUGGGCACUACAAAAGAGUAUUUUCUUGAAGAUGCUGUUUGAGAGGCUCUCAAUCUAUUGCCAAUGCUCUUUAUUAUGGGCCUAUCUACUUUUAUUUUUUCAGUUUUUAACAAGAUCCCAUUGCUGACAUUUUUUUAACAGCUCCUUUGAGCUAUAAUUUACCUACCAUAAAAUUGACACAUUGUAGGUUUACAAUUCAAUGAUUUUUGUUAAACUUCUACAGUUGGGCAUCUAUCACCACAAUCCAGUUUUGGAACACUUCCAUCAUCCUAAAAAGUUUUCCUUAUGCCUGUUCCCACCCCCAGUCCCAGGCAACUAUUGAUUUGUUUUCUGUCUUUAUAAACUUUUCUUUGACAUUUCAUAUAAAUGGAAUAAUAAAAUAUGUAGUUUUUUGCAUCUGGCUUCUUUCACUUGGCAUAAUGUUGUCAAGCUUCAUCCAAGUUAUAGCAUGAAUCAAUACUUCAUUCUUUUUAUGGCUGAGUAAUAUUCUAUUUCAUGGAUAUUUCAGAUUUUGUUUAUUCAUUCAUCAA